AUGGAUCCCGAUGCUGAUGAUAGCUCGAAUCAAUACAAAAUUGUGCCUGUUCAAAUCAUCACAAUUGAACGGAUAGAGGGCACCGAUCAAUCCAAAUAUAUCCUAAACAAACCUGCUUUGGAUCGAUUACUGGCCAAAAUCGGUGACUUGAAAUUGACCCUCAUUUUCAAUGUUGGCACUCAAGGAGAGGGCAAUUCAUUUCUGCUCAAUAAAGUCGGCCGACAUAUCAUUAACUCUAUGAGAAAUGGUGUGCCGUCGGGACCGGCAGAUGAACAGGACGUGGACUACGAUAUGGGCGCUGAUAUCGAAGUUCUCGAAGAUCCUGACGACCCGUUAGUUGGGUUUGAGUGGAAUACAGACCCGAAUGAGACCACAACGAGAGGUAUUUGGUUUUCGCAGCCCUUUAUUGUUCGCAAAACCGGUGGCGAAGAGUUGGCCAUCAUUUUGGUGGACACACAGGGCUUGGGUAGCGACGACUGCACACCGCAGGACAUGUCAACCAUUGUUGGCCUCAGUCUUCUCAGUGCUUCCACUCUUGUAUUCAACGUUACAAAUGGUCUGAGAGAUAAUGUAUUGACGGAAAUGCACUCUUAUAUCGACCACUGCCUACAGGCUGUCGAGAACAGCACCGGUAGUUUUGGUCAUCCUGGCAACGAUCGGAAGCAUUUUCAAGACUUGGUAUUGAUGAUUAGAGACUGGAGUAAACCGAAGCCGCCGUACGGCUACGGUUUGGAAGGCGGACAAAACUUUUUGAACGGUCGGCUGGAGACCAGUGCCCGACAGCGCGAGUCGGCCCGCAAUACCCGUCAGUUUAUACGCGAAUCGUUUGGAAACAUUCAGUGCUUUUUAAUGCCCGAUCCGGGAGUGAACGCCCGGAGCCAAGAGUUUAACGGCUGUCCUAAUGAACUGACCAAUGAUUUUAAUGCAAAUUUGAAAGAUUUUUGCAAUUUUCUCGUAAAUCCCGAUACGAUUCAAGUGAAGACAAUUAAUGGCCAACCGAUCACUGGACACGAGUUUGGCCUCUAUUUCGAGAACUAUGUAAACAUGUUUAACAGCGAAUCGGGUCCCCGAGUCUGCGAUGUCGUUGAGUCCAACCAUCGCGCCUACGAUAAUAAUCUGAUUAAUCAACUUAAGGACAAAUGCACAACAGAAUUGUCAGCCAUAAUGACGGGCAGGCCUUUCCUCGGGCGCCGUCAACUGACCACUCAGGCCGACGACUCAAUCAAUUCAUUGAAAUCAGAGUUCGGGUUCCGGAAACGGUCGACCGCCGAGUCUGUGGUCCGGGAACUGACGGAUCAGUUGUCCCGCACUUUGCACGCAGUCUUUGAGCAGAAGCGUGAAGAGAAUGAGAUGAGACGGUUGACGGCCACCAACGAUAAGGUCACUGACCUGGUCAACGAGUUUAAGCAACAUAUUUGCGGCCAUAUCAGGCCGGGUGACUACCUGUCCGAUCAUACUCUGGGCAAAAUUAUUGAUACAAAACGGGACCAUACGAUUAAUUUGUUUGACGCGUUUGCCGCCGAUGACCCUGAUCAAUUUGCUGAACACAAGCGCCGGUUAUUAAAUCAAUUGGAAAGCAAGGAAAACACGUUUAAAAGCAAUAACAGUCGAGCGAUACAGGAGUUGAUCACUCAGUACGAGAGUGUACUUACCUUGCUCAAAACUCAAUACGACCAGAGAAUGAAUGAGCUAUUUAUAGAGCAGGACAAAUUCUACACUGAAGAGCACCUGGACACACUAAGCGCUACCAUAUUGAGUUCAUUAGUCAAUGAGCUAACCCAGGCUGAUGUGGACACAGAAGUGGUACCCAUUGUGCCCUAUCGACAGGCGUUGGACACAUACGUGAGGGACAGAUACCGGGGCUAUAAGGAGAAUAACAGGCACCGCACCGAUCAGGACAAGUCCGCUAUGAAUACAGUGCUAAACAAUCUGAACAAACUAUACGAAGAAGCGUUGGACGCGUGGAUCCAAUGCACCGACACUGAGGAGAGGCGUCGGUUUCUGGACGAGAGUCGACACAUACGCACACCGUUGGACGCGUGGAUCCAAUGCACCGACACUGAGGAGAGGCGUCGGUUUCUGGACGAGAGUCGACACAUACGCACACGUAUUGUGUCGGAAAAUAUGCCGAUAUAUAGCCAUCGUCUGGAUCUCCUGGAGCUGAACGCCAUGUUUGACACGACUGAACGCGAGAUGCAGGACGUGUUCGUCGAGGCGGUAGACGAUAGGCAUCGGUUGAUGACAACACUCGCCGACCGCGCGAUGAAAUGGUAUAACCGGGAGAUGACUACAGAGUACGGCGACCGGCCGUACAUAAGGCUGGACAGGUUGGGCACCAUUCACGAGGCAUUGGUGGCCGGUGCGUUGGCCAGAUUUCAAAAUGACCGUGGUCAUAUAUCGAUGGACACGUACAACGAGCUGAUACGCGAUAAACUUAAGCUUACCUACGAUAGAGUGAUCGACGAGAAUAACCGCAACUGUCCCACUAUACCGGCCAUUGGCAUAGAUCUGGGCACUACUAAUAGCUGUGUAGCUUAUUAUAGACCAGGUCGUCCAGGUCAACCGGGUAAAAUUGUUGUGUGCCGUACCACAAAUACUACCCGUACUAAUGAAGUGACCCCGAGUUGUGUUGAGUAUAGAGACAACAAGGAGGUAGUGGUGGGCGAAGAGGCGAAGGACAACCUGUUGGCCAAUCGCCAGAACAUUAUCUAUUCGGCCAAACGUUUGAUUGGCCGCCCGUUUAAUGAUCCCGACGUUACCAGAUAUAGACAGUACUGGCCUUUUGAUGUCGUCGAUAUGGGCGACGGCGCGGCCGGAGUUGAGGUGGAAGUGGACGGCGAGUCGCGGCAACUGUUGCCCGAAGAGGUGUCGGCCGAAGUGUUGCGCAAAAUGAAAGCGAUAGCCGAGCGUGACUUAAGUCAUCAAGUGGUCGACGCCGUCAUUACAGUUCCCGCCUAUUUCACGGACGCCCAGCGCGAGGCCACCCGCGGCGCCGGCGUUAUGGCCGGUCUUAACGUACUGUCCAUUAUUAAUGAGCCCACGGCUGCCGCUCUGGCGUAUAAACUCGACCGAUUUGAAGACAUGGGUACCAAAACCGUGCUCAUAUAUGACUUUGGCGGUGGCACAUUCGACGUGGUAAUACUGCGCCUGGCUAUCGGUGAAGUGAAAGUGCUGGCCGUCGGCGGCGAUAACAAACUGGGCGGAGACGAUAUCGACCAGAAUAUUAUCGAUCACUGUUUGCGUGAGUUUUACGCCCAGACGGGCGUUAUGUUGGACCGAAAUAGCGUUGAGGGCGAUCGAGCCUAUCGGGGGCUCAAAGACCGCUGCGAACGGGAGAAGUGGCGUCUGUCCGAAGCGACGGCGGCCACUAUUGCUGUGGACAACAUUGCUGACGGUCACGACCUACUGGUGGAGUUGACACGUACGGAGUUUGAGACAUUAAACAUGGACAUUUUUGACCGCACCAUGGAUUGUGUGAACCGUACGCUGGAAAGUGUCAAUGAGGGCGCAGGUAUGACACCCGACGAGAUCGACGAUAUAGUACUGGUCGGCGGCUCGACGUAUAUUCCGUACGUUAAAGAUAUGAUUAGACGGCACUUCAAUGGCCGCCAACCGUCUCAGUCGGUGAACCCGAUGCUGGCCGUGGCUGAGGGCGCGGCACUACAGGCUGCAAUACUAAACGGCAACCAGGCGCAUCUACACCAUCACCUACGGGUACUGGACGUCACACCUCAUACGUUGGGCGUAAAGUCCAGGGGAGAUGUGAUGAGUGCUAUCAUACCGGCCCAGUCGUCGGUGGACGGCGUGCCCCGCACUAGAGUCUACGCCACGGUAUGCGACAAUCAAACCGAGAUCGAGGUGGAGGUGUAUGAGGGCGAAGACCCGGUGGCCACUAAUAACACCCCAUUAGGAAAGUUUGUUGUGAUGAAUAUACCGCCCGAUGAGGCGGGCAAACAAAACGUGUCAGUUCAGUUUUGCGUCAACGACGAUGGUAUUUUGAAAUUGACGGCAACUGUGCUCUCCCGGGGAGCACAGGGGGCUGUCGAGUACGAGGUGGCCGAGUAUAAGGGCCGACUGUCUAUUGAAGAGCUGUUCCGGCGCCGCCACUGA